UAGAUUACUUAUCAAACUUAUCAAAUUUUGCAAGGUCGAUUAAAAAAUUGGAGGUUACUUUGAUCACAUUCAAAAUUUUAGUAAUUGUUUUAACUUUUAGCGUUGAUACACGUUCAUCUUUAACAUUUUCAUGUUUAGUAAAAAGUGCCGAUUGUGAAAGCUUGAAAUCCACAUCCCUCAAAAUGUCAGUUCUAUCCUCAAACACGCUGAAAUCAGGUAAAGGUGUGAUCUGCCGUUUCUUCAGCACCAGUAAAAUUCUAUCUGCUCAACAAAUGACUGUUCGAGAUGCCUUGAACGCCGCUAUGGACGAAGAAAUGGAAAAAGAUGAACGUGUAUUCAUACUCGGCGAAGAGGUAGCUCAAUACGAUGGAGCUUACAAAGUAUCCCGAGGAUUAUGGAAAAAAUACGGUGAUAAGCGUGUUAUCGAUACCCCUAUUACCGAAAUGGGUUUCGCAGGAAUUGCUGUCGGAGCUGCGAUGGACGGUUUACGACCAAUUUGCGAAUUCAUGACGUUUAAUUUCGCUAUGCAAGCGAUCGAUCAAAUCAUCAACUCUGCGGCUAAAACAUUCUACAUGUCUGCCGGUAAAGUUAACGUACCGGUUGUGUUUCGUGGACCAAACGGAGCUGCUGCAGGUGUCGCCGCUCAGCAUUCGCAAUGUUUUGCUGCGUGGUACGCUCAGUGCCCCGGUUUAAAAGUAAUCUCACCUUACAAUUCGGAAGAUUGUAAAGGUUUGUUAAAAGCGGCUAUACGAGACCCAGAUCCUGUUGUCUUUUUGGAGAACGAGUUGUUGUAUGGUGUUCAGUACCCGAUGUCUGACGAAGCUCUCUCCAAAGAUUUCGUUUUACCUAUUGGCAAAGCUAAAGUAGAAGUUGCUGGUAAUAAUGUAACUUUAGUAUCGCAUUCUAAAGGAGUCGAAGUAGCCCUAGACGCUGCCAGAUUACUGUCUAGUCAAGGAAUCAGUGCUGAAGUUAUCAAUCUUAGAACAAUUAGACCUUUAGAUUUUGAAACUAUCUCGAAAUCAGUUCAAAAAACUAAUCAUCUCGUAGCUAUCGAACAAGGCUGGCCAGUAUGCGGCGUAUCGUCCGAAAUUAGCGCUAGAGUUAUGGAAAGCGAAUUAUUUUUCUAUUUAGACGCUCCUGUAAUCAGAGUCACCGGUGCUGACGUUCCCAUGCCUUAUACUAAGAGUUUAGAAGUUGCAGCACUGCCUUCAGUCGAAGAUGUAGUUUCAGCUACCAAGAAAUUAUUGAACGCUUAGUUACGCGAUUGGUUUUGUAUACCAAUAAUUUUGUUACCAUACUCUAUAUAAACUUACUGUCGUCUAUCUUUUGUAAAUUUUUCACCGGAAGCUUAAAGAAGUAAUUUAUUGCACUUCGGCGCUUCUUAGAAUGUAAAAAAAAUUAAAUUCAUUCCUUCGUUGUGUUUUUUUAAGCAAUACAUUUUAAAAAACGCGUUACGAGUCGAUCGUGUAAUUUAUUAUUUUCUUUUUUCUUGUUAACCAUUUAAGAUAGUGAUUGUAUGAUAUCGAAAUGAAGUUUUUCUCGUUGUAUACUUCGUAGAAUACAAUUUAUUUUUAAUAUGCCCGGCGUGUGUAUUUUGUUGAUGUAUUAUUUGUUUUUUAAGUUACUUUCUUUUUUUCUAAACACAGUCGUGUGAAUAAAAUUUCCCAAUUUUUGAUAUAAUUUUUUUUUUUUUUAAUUUGAAGAACGUUUAUAUUAUUUCUUUCAGAUAUACUCGAAUUAUUAAACAAAAUGAAGCAUUUUA